CCCAGCCAUGUGGCCCUUCUCUUCGUCGUCUGCGCCCGCCGCAUCCACGAGCGCGCAGCCAGCGCCACCACCGCCGCCGGUGGAGGUCGCUCCACCUGCGCCCGCGCCACCGCCGCCCAGUGAGGCACCCUUCCAACCGCCGGCCGCCGCACCCGCCACGCUGCCGCCCUCGCUGCCCUUCCUCGCCGCUGCACUCGGGCUCAGCACCGGGAUCUACAGCGGCGCCUCGCGCGCGGCCAAGGUCUUCAUGGCCGAGAAUGCACAUCGGCAGCCGACGACGGUGCAGGGCUGGUUCUUCUACAACAAGACGAAGAACUACAAGGUCGUCCUCUCGGCGCUAGGUGCAGGGAUAGCGCGCGGCGCCAGGCUGGGCGCAUGGAGCGGUGCAUUCGUGGGCUUGCACGCGGGCAUUGGCUAUCUGCUGCCUGCGCCUGUGAUGCAGAGCACCCGCGACGACCGCUCCGCAGAGCUGAUCAAUGCCGGGGCUGCCACGGCACAGGGCGCAGGCGCCGGCGUGCUGCUGGCGGCGGGCGCAGCUGUCAUCUACAAACUGCCGCGCGCAUCAGUGCGGAGGAGCCUCGUGCUCGGCCUCGGCGCGGGCGGCGCUGUGGGCCUGCUUGAGACGCUGCGCUCGCGGGUAGCACGCGCACGGGAAGAGGCGGAGCGGGAAGAGACGCGGUAGCAAUCAGCUUUGCAGACACGACACGCAGCGGCGGCGCGGCGAGGAUGAGGAUGGUAUUGAACGUGGCCGGGGCGUAGCGCUAGAAGCACAGGAAGGCGUGAAGGUCGGACGGUGGUAGUAUGGCUGGGAAGGCUUGAAAGGCUGAAACGUUGGUCGUGAGGCUGGCUCGGGCUGGUCGAGAAGCUGGGAGGUAGUACAGGAAGGCUUGAAGUGGUAAGGUGCGCUGGAUUGGCUCGAAUGGCGGUGGUGAAAAGCUUGAGAAGUCGUGAGGCGGACGUGCGAUCGGGCGGUGACUUGCGAGUGCGUGCAGCGCGCGAGUGAGUGCAGCGUGCGAGACAGGCGAGCGGCGCGACAUGGG